CACGGCUUGUGUUUCCUGUUCGACACUGCGGGCGUUCUGUGUUUGUUGGUUUUGUUUUGUUAGCCCUGAAAGCUAUUGUGAUACCGUCAGCAUACGUGUCUUUGUUUUAAAAUGCUAUGGGUUUAACAUUCAAGGAGAAACCAUGUUCCCUAUAAAAGUCAAAUCACUGCACAGGCUGCUACAGCUGAAGCACCCACUCUGGCGCCCUCCUUCACUUGGAAAAGCACUCUGCUCCCGACUGGUUUUGGGCAUCGAGACGAGCUGUGACGACACUGCAGCGGCUGUCCUGGACGAGACAGGGGAAAUACUGGGAGAGUCUCUGCACUCACAGAAAGAAGUUCAUCUGAGGACCGGCGGCAUCAUCCCCACCGUGGCCCAGCAGCUCCACAGAGAACACAUAGAGCGCGUGGUCCAGCAGGCUUUGGAGAGGAGCGGCCUGGACCCCAGCCGGCUCUCCGCCGUGGCCACCACUGUGAAGCCGGGCUUGGCCCUGAGCCUGGGCAUCGGCCUCCAGUUCAGUCAGAAGUUUGUGAGGCGGCACAACAAGUCCUUCAUCCCCAUCCACCACAUGGAGGCCCACGCCCUGACCGUCAGGAUGCUUCAGCCCGUCCCCUUCCCCUUCCUGGUCCUGCUCGUCUCUGGUGGUCACUCGCUUCUCGCUGUGGCUCGAGGAGUCGAUGACUUUUUGCUUUUGGGUCACGCUCUGGAUGAAGCUCCGGGGGAUACGCUGGAUAAAGUGGCGAGACGUUUGUCCCUCAUAAAACACCCUCAGUGCUCCACGCUAAGUGGAGGACAAGCUAUAGAGCUUCUGGCCAAGGAUGGUGACAGGAUGAGAUUCCCCUUCAGGACACCGAUGGGACAGACGUAUGACUGCUGCUUUUCUUUCGCCGGACUACGGAAUCAAAUCAACAUGAUGAUAAAGAAGAAGGAGGCAGAGGAAGGUAUAGAACAGGGGAACCUGUUGUCCUGUGUGAAUGACAUCGCUGCUUCUACUCAGCACACCGUUGCUUCUCAUCUUGCAAAGCGAACCCAUCGUGCCAUCUUGUUCUGUAAGGCCAACGGCCUGCUGCCAGCACACUGUCCCACCUUGGUUUUAUCCGGAGGAGUUGCGAGCAAUCAGUAUCUCCGCAGGGCAUUGGCCAUCAUCACCGACACCACGGGGCUGAGCCUGCUCUGCCCUCCAGCCAAGUUCUGCACUGACAAUGGAGUGAUGAUUGCAUGGAACGGUGUUGAACGCCUGAGAGAAGGGAAAGGAAUACUUCCUCCAGAUGUGGAAGUGUCCUAUGAGCCAAAGGCGCCGCUGGGUGUGGACUGGACGGCGCGGGUCAAAGCAGCAGCCAUCAGGUUACCGUCAGUCAGGAUGAAGAUCCCCAGAUGACACACUGUUGGCUUUAGGCUCACUCUUAAGAAUUUCACAGUUCAGCGUAUAUAUUAUGUUUAUACUAUGUAAUAGACAUGUUUUUGUACAUGCUGCAAAAAACUGUGGGCAUAGAAGUGUUCACAUUUUCAAAUGUUUAAAGAUUUGUCUUAACAUUUUUUGCUGUCUGCUUGAAUUUAUAUUUGUUGCAAAGAAAGC